CGUUUAUAUCGUUUAUAUCACAAUCUAUUUAAUCAAAGACAUACACAGAGUGUCGUCUUAUUUGCUUUCUGCAUAAUUGGCUAUACAUUUUUGCGAUGUGCAGCUGUGUACCUGUGCAUGCACUUAAGGAGUGGAGGGUUUCAUAAAUGCGUACCUUCACAUUUUGACUAUCUAUAUUCCCAUAUAUUUACAUUUUGAUGUUUUAAAAAUGUCUUGAUUAAUUUUAUUAAAAUAAGUCUAGAAAUAGAUUAAAUUCUCUCACUUACUGUAAAGAUUUCACAAAAUAAGAUAUUUUUGCAAGUGCUUAAAAAAAUACGAUCUCACAAUAUCCUUUAUGAAAAUUUAUUUUGUUUUAAUUUUUAGACCUUUUUAAAUCAAUUUCUUUAAAAGUUGAGGGAGGGUCAGGGCAAAAGCAUACAGGGAGGAGGCAAUUUGUUACCUAUAGAUAGAUAGAUGUGCAUAUUUUACAUGGCUAGCCUCACAAAUAUCAAGGGAUACACCCUGUUUAUUAUUUCCAGAAGGGGCCAUGGCUUAGAUGAGGAGUCCUAGAGUAUUUAAUGCUCACUUUAAGCUAUGCAGACCCAAUGAGGGUCCGUGCUCUACCAGACAACUCCCUGCAACAUCCAACAGCCCACACAUUGUGCCAUCUCCCCAAUUUCCCUCGCCUGAGGCUAUGGUAACAUUCACUUGCCCAUAUUAAAUCGCCGCCAAGGGGAAUCGAACCCCAGUCUCCCGCACAAGUUAGAGUUAUAACCACUAAGCUACGGCUCCAUGUAUAACCACUAAGCUAUGGCGCAUAUGUACUUAAAGAUGCCCUUCCCCUAUUUUAAUUGUAUUAUCUGUUUGUAUUAAACCUGCGUAUAUAAUUAUAUAGAUUUUAUUUUAACGUGUGUUGGCUGAUAUUCAUUCCUAUUUUAUAGUUGUGAUAAUGUAAUAACAGCAGAUUUUCCAUGAUGGCUAAUCAAGUUGGCAGAGAACGGGCUUUUGCUCAAAGGAUACAAAGCCGUAAUUCACAAUCACCACUGGCUUCACAACAAGCUGGAGAUCGUAGAUCUCAAAUUUCAAGAUUGUCUUUAACAGAAAUACAGAAUAUAGCAAACAACGUCCCUGCUGCCACAUUUCAAGACAUUGUUGAUCCUCUUGAUUUUGAGGAAUUUAUCCUGCAACACCAGUCACUUGCUGAUGAUGACAACUCUGGUGUCACAGUGUUAACAGAAUUUCCAACUGAUGAUAUUGAAGUUACGAAUAUCCCAAGAACCUAUAGAACAUUAGGUCCACCAGUCCCAGAAGCAGCACAUUUGAUUCCUGAACCAUUGGUAAAAGACUGCAUUAAACUUUAUACAGAUGAUUGGUCUAUUGUAAAUAGAAAAUAUCAGUUGAAAGGCUUUGGUGGCAAAUCCAAACAAAAAGCUCAGAGAACAGACAGUAUUGCACAACGUUUGCAUAAACAUGAAUAUGAGGUUGAUGAACGAUCAAAAAAUGAACAAGAAGAUGUCAAAAAUUCUGCUUUGGCCAAAGGAAUGGUAGAAACACCACGUGGAAGUUGGGCCUCAAGCAUAUUCGAUCUGCAGUCAUGUCAACCUGACCCACUGCUCGAAAGCUUGCUUGACAAUACAGACAUUGAAGAAAUAGACAGUCAAAAUGAAGUACUUCGUGACAAAAAUCGCGUCCCAUCAAUAUUUUCUAUCUUCUCACCACAAGAGGAAGAGCAGUAUGUCACAAAAACACCUGCAGUGAUUCCACAAGAACACAUCGGACAACGAAUAUUAGUGAGGUGUACUGAACUUAAGCUUGAUCUUGAUAUUGAACCAAUAUUUGCCACAAUGGCACUCUAUGAUUGUAAGCAAAAAAAAAAGAUAUCUGAAAACUUCCACUUUGAUUUGAAUCAAGAGUGGCACAAAAAAAUGAUAGCUGCACAUAUAAAAGGCAAGCCUGACAUCUCAACCCUUGCAAAGUCAUGUAUAUUCUCUGUCACCUAUCCAUCUACAGAAGUAUGUCUUGUGGUCAAACUUGAGAAAGUAUUGCAACAAGGCGACAUAACUGAGUGUGCAGAACCAUACAUGAAAGAUUCAGAUAAUCAAAAGAGCAAAGAAAAGGCUCGGCAACAUGCUGAACAGUUCUGUGCAAAGAAUGGAGCCCACCGGAUGCCAUUCGCGUGGACAGCUAUUCAUUUAGUUGAUGUAAUAACAGGUGCUUCCGCCACAGAACCAAGCAAUGUUGGGGAUAAAGAUUUGCCUUCUCCCAAAGACGGUUCUGGAAGGAGGUCACCAGAUGGUGUGCGUUCUUCAAUGCGAAGAGCUGGUGAAGGAAUUUCUAGACGAACAUCAAGUGGAGCUGAUGUUGGCAGACCUAGCUCCUUGAAGUAUGAUCGUCCACGUCUUGAAACAGAGGAACCUAAUGCUGAUUUGACGAACUUCCGAGCAAUUUCCCUCACUGUCAGCACCUUUUUUAAACAAGAAUCAGAAAAGCUUAGUGAUGAAGAUCUGUUUAAACUACUUGCUGAUUUAAGAAGACCAAAUUCGUUGCUUAGAAAGUUGAAGUGUAUACAAGGCUUACUCAAACUUGACAUCACACCACCACCAGAUAAUCUGAAGUAUUGCUUAACACCAGAACUGCUACAGAUAGCGCCCUACCCUGAUAAACAAGGCACACCAGUGAAGGAGAUUCAGGAAUUUGCUCCAAGAGAAGUAUUUAUUCCAUAUGUUACUUACAGGAACACGCUAUAUGUUUAUCCACAAGCCCUAAAUUUUACGAAUCGGACUGGCUCUGCACGAAAUAUUGCAGUUAAGGUUCAAUUUAUGGCUGGCGAGGAUCCAUCCCAAGCAAUGCAGUGCAUUUACGGACGUUCAAGUAGUAGUGAGUUUGUAAAAGAAUUAUACACCCCCAUAAUAUAUCACAAUAAAACACCAUACUUCUACGAAGAGGUAAAGAUAAAGCUUCCACCAAACCUUGCAGAGCAUCAUCAUCUUUUGUUUACAUUUUAUCACAUCAGUUUCAAAGCUGAUGUUCAAGGACCAAUUGAAAGUACACCUGUUGGUUACACUUGGGUCCCUGCAAUAAAAGACGGUCGGUUAAAUCUUGCUGAUUUUAAUCUCCCUGUUGCAGUUGACAAGUUACCUCAAAGUUACAGUAUGUUGUCAACAGAUGUGCAACUUCCGAAUUUGAAAUGGGUUGAUGGUCACAAAGGAGUUUACACAUGCUCUGUUCACACAGAUUCAUCUGUGCAUACACAAGAUUUUUAUCUUCAUCGUUUUUUCCGAAUGUGUCAUCAGAUUGAAGGUCGUACACCACAAAAUGUGAAGAAUCCUGAAGGAAACUUGGAAAACAAUUUGCGAAAAUAUGUAAAGGAUUUAGAAAAAGCACAGCUAGAGCCACUUGUACGCUUUCUACAUCUACUUAUGGAUAAACUGUUUAUGUUGCUAGUGAGACCUUCCACAGUGUCUGGUGCAGUUGUGAACAUUUCCCAACAUGCUUUUGAAUCGUUAACACACAUUGUUCAUCGUGUACAUGAGUUGCAUGAAUCCAAUCAAGACAAACAUGGUCGAAAUAAUUUGCUAUCUUCGUAUGUAUCAUACAUGUUUAACACACCUGGCUCUGGUACACCUAUUCCAUCACCCAAUGCUUCGCCAACUUUACCCAGUCAUCAUUCAGGAGGUUCGAUGUUGUUGCAGUCAAAACACAGCAAUAGCAACCCUACUAUUCAUGAGCAGUCUAAAAGUCCAGGACAUGCUCCAAGUGCAAGUGCCGUAGGAACUUCGUGGAUGGAAGAUGUGUUGAAAGAGUAUAACAAUGUCGCUGGAAAUAGAAAUAGUGCUGCUGAAUCGUCGUCUAGAGUUUCGCAUUCUGGUAAUUUUGCAGGACGCACAAAACUCGUCCAUGAAGAAGUUGCGUUGCAGUGGGCUGUUGCAACAAACCCGUUCAAAGAAAUGGCGAUGGCUCAUGCUUGGUUUUAUUUCGACAUUAUGGCGAAAAGCAUGGCACAAUACUUAGAUAUAGCUGACAAAUUAUUUUGGUCCCGCAAAGAGCGAUUUCAUGAAAGGUUUCUUGAUGACGUUAUUGCACUGGUAAACACAGUAACAGCAGAAAUCAUCAAAAAACAGGACAAGCAAUUUCGACAAUCAAGAAUGCUGAAUAUUAGUUUGGCGUUUUUCUUGAACGAACUGCUUUCACUGAUGGAUCGUGGAUAUGUGUUGACUUUGAUUAAACAAUACAUGAAGGAGUUUUCUGAUGCUGCUGGUUUCAUGGACAAGAAUUUAAUUUUCCUAAAGAUGGAAUUUCUACAUAUCCUUUGUAGCCAUGAACAUUAUGUUGUGUUAAAUCUUCCUUUUCCAUCCGUAAUCAGUGAAACUGUACGAAUUUCCCCCACCCCGUCUAUGAACAGCAUAUCUUCAUCGCGUUCUUCAGUGUAUUCUAUGAUGUCGUCUCAUGAUGUGGCAGGUGUGGUGGAGUUAACACAUCCAUUCCGCUCUCAACAUUAUCUGGUAGGUUUGUUGCUGUGUGAAUUGAAAAAUGGAUUCGAUUCAAACGAUUUAGAAAUUAUGACACAGUCGGUCGAUGUUUUGAAAGAUAUCAUUUCGUGCCAUGAUUUGGACAGUCGAUAUGAAUCAAAGGAAUGUCGCAAUGCUAUUGCAGCCCUGUAUUUACCUUUGUUGGCCAUCGCAAUGGAAGUGCUUCACACACUACACGGCUAUGAAAGUGAUAAGGACGAACUGAUAAAUGAGAAUGUUGCCAUGGCAAUCGCGACAUCGAGUGUUUUGCAAAAGUCAGCUGGAGCAGAUAACCGUGCUGAAUUACAAAGUCAGAUGUCAACAAAGCAUGUCAAGUUGUCGUUAGAAUCGACACGAAAUUUCCUCAUGUGUUUCAUGUGGGUGUUAAAAAAUUUGGGUAAAGACAGAUUGAAACAAUGGGUCCUGAAAAUGUCGGCAAACAGAUUGAUUCAACUGUUAGAAGUUCUUGAUCUUGGUAUCAAGCUCUUUGAAUAUCAAGCACGGAAGGCGAAAAUAGCUAUGGUAAAGGAAAAAGGAAAGAACGCCUCCCAACAAAAAGGUGACAAAGAACGAUUGCAAUCAUUGGAAAAUGCUAUCAUGUAUCCAAGCGCAGCACGUGACAUGCUUAGAAGAAGAAGAGAGAUGGACGCACGUGCAAGAGAAGACAAAAGCGAGUCUCCGAAACUUCGAUGGAAGAAGGAUCAAACUUAUUGGAAGAAAAACACAGAACAGACAGGAACGUUUGACGUACAACUUUCAUCGCAAAUACAAGGAAGUCUAAGCGCGGAGAAUUCCAUGGCCACCCUUGAUACUUUAGAGUUGCUGGUUCAGAGCGUCGACAACAGUGAUGUGAUGAGGAGUGUGGUCGACAAUUGUUUACGUGUAUUACUUCACUGUUUAUCAUGCAAUCAAAGCACUGAAGUAUUACAGAAUAUGUUUGCCACUCAAAGAUCUAUCUUGAGAAAGUUUCCGGAAUUGGUUUUCGAAGAAGAAACUGAGCUGUGUGCAGACUUAUGCUACCGCUUGCUUACACAUUGCAGCUCCAGUUCUCAUCUAAUACGUGCGCAAGCAAGUGCAUCCUUAUACCUCCUCAUGCGACAAAAUUACCAAAUUGGAAACAAUUUUGCACGUGUUAAAAUGCAAGUGACAAUGUCUCUGUCAUCUUUAGUGGGAUCUGACUGUUUUAACGAAGAUUACCUCCGCAGAUCUUUAAAAACAAUAAUAACCUACGCGCAGUCCGAUCAACACUUAAAAUCCACGCCAUUUCCGGAGCAAGUGAGGGAGUUGGUGUUUAACCUUCACAUGAUAUUAACUGAUACAGUUAAGAUGAAGGAGUAUGAAGAAGACAAGGAGAUGUACAUCGAUCUUCAAUACAGGAUUGCCAAAGGAUAUCAAAGCUCACCGGAUUUACGUCUUACGUGGCUUCAAAACAUGGCUAAAGAUCAUACCAAAUAUCACAACUACACCGAGGCUGGAAUGUGUCUCAUUCACUCUGCUGCGUUAGUAUCCGAAUAUUUGGCUAUGCUGGAAGACAAAUCGUACCUGCCCGUCGGUUGUGUCAACUUCGAAAUGAUUUCAACGAACGCUAUUGAAGAAUCAGCAGUUAGCGAUGACGUCAUUUCUCCCGACGAAGAAGGAAUCUGUACAGGAAAAUACUUUUCCGAAUCGGGAUUAGUCGGAUUACUGGAACACGCUGUGCAUAUGUUUAAGAAUGCGCUAAUGUACGAGUUGAUCAACGAAGUGGAUAAAAUUCUUAUCCCGAUAUUGGAAGCAAGGCGAGACUUCAAAAAGUUACACAUGCUGCAUAUGAGACUUGGUGAAGCUUAUAACAAGAUCAUGUCGACGGAAGGCAAGCGCAUGAUGGGAACAUACUUUCGCGUGGCAUUUUUUGGUUCUAUAUUUGGCGACAUUGAUACCGAGGAAUUUAUUUAUAAAGAACCUGCUAUCACGAAACUUCCAGAAAUCUCUAGCCGGCUUCAGAGUUUUUACGCAGCCAAGUUUGGUAACGAUCACAUUGAGAUGAUCAAAGAUUCGAAUGUUGUAGAUGCAACAAAACUGGAUGAUGAAAAGGGCUAUAUCCAAAUCACAUAUGUGGAGCCAUAUUUUCUUGAAUAUGAGAUGGAAGAUCGAGUGACAUACUUUGAGAAGAACAAUGACCUACGUCGAUUUAUGUUCGUGACUCCAUUUACACCAAGCGGUAAAGCGCAUGGUGACCUUGGCAGCCAAUACAAACGGAAGACCAUCCUCACAGUGGCUAACGCCUUUCCUUACAUUAAAACUCGCAUUAACGUCAUCCAACGUGAAGAAACGGUUCUCACACCCAUUGAAGUUGCAAUUGAGGACGUGCAGUCAAAGACAGCUGAGUUAAAAAAAGCAUUGAUGCAAAGCAAACUGGAUGUGAAAAUGUUACAGAUGGUGUUGCAAGGUUGUAUUGGCACCACUGUUAAUCAGGGUCCUUUCGAGAUUGCGAAUGUCUUUCUAUCAGAUUUCGAAAAGGAUCGAAAUGGAGUCGCGAACAUCACGAGACAACACCAUAAAUUGCGUUUGUGUUUUAAGGAGUUCGUUAAAAGGUGCGAGGAGGCGCUAGCAAAGAAUAAAUCGCUCAUAUCGAUGGACCAACGGGCCUAUCAGAAAGAGUUGGAAAGAAACUACCAUCAGUUCGUUGAAAAGUUAGAACCACUGUUAAAAAGCAAGUUUGGACAGCUGAGAGGCUCACUGCGAAAACGUGAAGGAAAUUCUCAAUAUAAAGGCCGUCCAACUUCGUUUUCGCCAGAACAGCCACACUCCAUGUAAACUAUCAACGAAUUAAUUGGAAACACGUGUAAAUAUUGAAUGUUGAAAUAUUGUCCAUAUUCGAAAGUUUUGUGUGUAGCUCUAGUUAAUCACAAUGGAAAUAAAUGUACUUUUUGUGAUGUUUUUCACACGCGGAUUCUGAUUUCUGAAUUUAGCAUCAUGUCUAGCGUAUUACAUACGAAAAGAUUUCUUUCUUUUGUCACAUAAUACGAUGUUUGCUCAACGAAAGAGGUAUAGAAACUAAAUUUACCUUUUGAAUUUAACUGAUUUUAACGUAAUGUGUAAAUUAUUUUACGACACAAUAAUAAAACACAAUUAGUAA